UUAGGUCUGCUUAUCUGAAUCCUGGGCUAAUUAUCUUGGCCAAACAAUUCUCCAAAUGUGGACAAGCUGAAGGAAAUCCUACUCUCUGGGUCCUAGGCAAGUGCCUUACACAGGUUUUCUUGUUUUUCUAAGAAACAAGGGUACUCACUUUUUUUAUGUACAAAAAUGUUAGCAUGGUUUCUUUCACUGGGGAUCCCUGGAUAAUCCAUUCAAGGAAGUUAACAGGCAAAAGCAGGAUCCUUAGCUAUGGAAUAACAUUCAUAGUUAGGAGCUGAAUUCUCAAAAUACAAUAGCCUUAAGGUAAAUCUAUCAGAAGAAAUUCAAUGUUAUGUACUUCUAGGGUAGGAAGCUGAUACUCUCAUAUUACUGAUUCUUUAAAACAAUUAAAAACUAGAUAAUUGAAAGGCUAUUUGUACAGAUGAAGAUGACCAUCUUUCCAACUUCUUUUGGUCAGAUACUCAAUACAAGCAAUUUGAGAAUGUAUUAAGUAUACAAUUUUACCGUAAACAAAAGGCCUGAAAAGAUCUUCAUUAAAUACAUAAAGCAGUUAUCCACAAGAAGUUUUCUUGACUAUUAUUUGAAUAUAUUGUUUGGCAGGUUCGAUGAGACCUAGUUUCUCAGGAGCCACAAGGCAUUAGGGAAUAUUAGUGGCUGGAAGCUGUUGCCUAAAGGGAUUAGGAAAGCAUUUCUGAAGCAAAAACCCAACCCUGGCAUUGCUGUGCAAUGGCCAUCACCCAGUUGAUUAAAGCUUUGGAAAUGCCUACUAGGCAGUUUACUGACAACAGAGUUAACCCUGCAUUACGUAUCAACAGUAGGAGCUGGUGUCCACAUAGUUUGCAUGCCACACUCGCAAUCUGGGUCCUAAGCAGGGUGGAGCCUUGGUAGGUAAGGUCAGAGUUAAAGAGCUUCCGGAUCACCAGGUGUUUACAUUUCAGGUGCGGUAGUGGACCUGGUCCACACUCCACCCUUUGCAGGUUUGCUAGAAGCUUGUCCAGUCGCCGCCAGUCUUUGAUAAUCCAGGGAGGCACGGAAUGUUAACACUGGUGAAUUAGCAGCAAUUAAAGUAAUAAAAUUGGAACCAGGAGAAGACUUUGCAGUUGUGCAGCAAGAAAUUAUUAUGAUGAAAGACUGUAAACACCCAAAUAUCGUUGCUUAUUUUGGCAGCUAUCUCAGGCGGGAUAAACUUUGGAUUUGCAUGGAAUUUUGUGGAGGUGGUUCUUUACAGGAUAUUUAUCAUGUAACUGGACCUCUGUCAGAACUACAAAUUGCAUAUGUUAGCAGAGAAACACUACAGGGAUUAUAUUAUCUUCACAGUAAAGGAAAAAUGCACAGAGAUAUAAAGGGUGCUAACAUUCUAUUGACGGAUAAUGGUCAUGUGAAAUUAGCUGACUUUGGAGUAUCCGCACAGAUAACAGCGACAAUUGCCAAACGGAAGUCGUUCAUUGGCACACCAUAUUGGAUGGCCCCAGAGGUCGCAGCAGUCGAGAGGAAGGGUGGUUACAACCAGCUGUGUGAUCUCUGGGCAGUGGGGAUCACGGCCAUAGAGCUGGCUGAGCUGCAGCCUCCCAUGUUUGAUUUGCACCCGAUGAGAGCAUUAUUUCUAAUGACAAAAAGCAAUUUUCAACCUCCUAAACUAAAGGAUAAAAUGAAAUGGUCAAAUAGUUUUCAUCAUUUUGUGAAAAUGGCACUUACCAAAAAUCCAAAAAAAAGACCUACUGCUGAAAAAUUAUUACAGCACCCUUUUGUCACACAACCUUUGACACGGUCUUUGGCAAUCGAGCUGUUGGAUAAAGUGAAUAAUCCAGAUCAUUCCACUUAUCAUGAUUUCGAUGAUGAUGAUCCUGAGCCACUUGUUGCUGUACCACAUAGAAUUCACUCAACUAGCAGAAAUGUGAGAGAAGAAAAAACACGCUCAGAGAUAAACUUUGGCCAAGUAAAAUUUGAUCCACCCUUAAGGAAGGAGACAGAACCACAUCAUGAACUUCCCGACAGUGAUGGUUUUUUCGACAGUUCAGAAGAAAUAUACUACACUGCAAGAUCUAAUCUGGAUCUACAACUAGAAUACGGACAAGGACACCAAAGUAGUUACUUUUUAGGUGCAAACAAGAGUCUUCUCAAGUCGGUUGAAGAAGAAUUACAUCAGCGAGGACAUGUGGCACAUUUAGAAGAUGAUGAAGAGGAUGAUGAUGAAUCUAAACAGUCAACCAUGAAAGCAAAAGUUCCACCUCCUUUGCCACCAAAGCCUAAAUCCAUCUUCAUACCACAGGAAACUCAUUCUACUGAAGAUGAUAAUCAAGGAACAAUCAAGAGAUGUCCCAUGUCAGGGAGCCCAGCAAAACCGUCCCAAGUUCCACCUAGACCACCACCUCCCAGAUUACCCCCACAAAAGCCUGUUGCCUUAGGAAAUGGAGAGAAUUCCUUCCAGUUAAAUGGUGAACGAGAUGGCUCAUUAUAUCAACAGCAGAAUGAACACAGAGGCACCAACCUUUCACGGAGAGAAAAGAAAGACGUACCAAAGCCUAUGAGUAAUGGUCUUCCCCCAACACCUAAAGUGCAUAUGGGAGCAUGUUUUUCAAAGGUUUUUAAUGGGUGUCCUUUGAAAAUACAUUGUGCAACAUCGUGGAUAAACCCAGAUACAAGAGAUCAGUACUUGAUAUUUGGUGCCGAAGAAGGGAUUUAUACUCUGAAUCUUAAUGAACUUCAUGAAACAUCAAUGGAACAACUAUUCCCUCGAAGAUGUACAUGGUUGUAUGUAAUGAACAAUUGCUUGCUAUCGAUAUCUGGUAAAGCUUCUCAACUUUAUUCCCAUAACUUACCAGGGCUUUUUGAUUACGCAAGACAAAUGCAGAAGUUACCUGUUGCUAUUCCAGCACACAAACUUCCUGACAGAAUACUGCCAAGGAAAUUUUCUGUAUCAGCAAAAAUUCCUGAAACCAAGUGGUGUCAGAAAUGUUGUGUUGUGAGAAAUCCUUACACAGGCCAUAAAUACCUGUGUGGGGCCCUGCAAACUAGCAUCGUUCUAUUAGAAUGGGUUGAACCAAUGCAGAAAUUUAUGUUAAUUAAGCACAUAGACUUUCCUAUACCUUGUCCACUUAGGUUAUUUGAAAUGCUGGUAGUUCCUGAACAGGAGUACCCUUUAGUUUGUGUUGGUGUCAGCAGAGGGAGAGACUUCAACCAGGUGGUUCGAUUUGAGACUGUCAAUCCAAACUCUACCUCUUCAUGGUUUACAGAAUCAGAUACUCCACAGACAAGUGUUACUCAUGUAACCCAACUGGAGAGAGAUACCAUUCUUGUGUGCUUGGAUUGUUGUAUAAAAAUUGUAAAUCUCCAAGGAAGAUUAAAAUCUAGCAGAAAAUUAUCAUCAGAACUCACCUUUGAUUUCCAGAUUGAAUCAAUAGUUUGCCUACAAGACAGUGUGCUAGCUUUCUGGAAACAUGGAAUGCAAGGUAGAAGUUUUAGAUCUAAUGAGGUAACACAAGAAAUUUCAGAUAGCACAAGAAUUUUCAGGCUGCUUGGAUCUGACAGGGUCGUGGUUUUGGAAAGUAGGCCAACUGAUAACCCUACAGCAAAUAGCAAUUUAUACAUCCUGGCGGGUCAUGAAAACAGUUACUGAGAAUUGUUAUGCUUUGACAGUUAACUGUAGAAAGAAAGAACACUACCGCUGCAACAUUAAUGGAUGCGUGAAGCUGUACAAAAGCUGCAGUAACCUGGCUUCAGUUACUUUGUAAUUUAUUGUGGCAUGAGACAAGAUGGGGAAAAUUUUUGUUUUAAGUGGUAUGGAUAUGUUUAGCAUAUUGAACCACACAAGUGCUUAAUUCAUUGUUAUGUAAUCUUUGUACAUAUAGGCAGUAUUUUUCUGUGAAACUUCAUAUUGCUGAAGACAUACACUAAGAAUUUAUGUAGAUAAUGUACUUUUAUGGGAUGUACAAGUAAGUGUCUUAUCUGUACAGAUGUAAAUGUUGACAAAAAUGCAAUUGGGGUUAAUAUUUUAAGAAUUCUUUAGUAUAUUCUUGGGUAUGGUUAUAUUACAAAAUGGGAUGCUGGAAAAGAAGCAGCACAUUUAACACUAUUGUAUUUUUAUCAUAUGUAAUUUAGAAUAUGAAUACAAAUAUGAAUACAAAUCUUGUAACUUUUAAAAUUGUAAUGGAGGCUGUAAUCAUUUUAUAAUCUUGUUUUUAAUUUUAAUGCAAGUACACUGGUGUUUAUAUUUGCACAAAGUAUUGAUAUGUGAUGUAUUAAGUCACAAAAGUAAGCUGUGACGUCUAUAUGCAUUUGGCUCUACAACUUCUUUUUUAAAUGUAUUUGGAUUGUUUUCUAUGUUAAACAAACCAAUUACAAUAACCAUCUGUUGUAGUAACUGGUCUUUUUAUAUCUGAGCAGAACCCUAUAAGAUUGCUUGUCUGUGCAAAAAACAAUACCUUUGAAAAAUUUGAAUCACAGAAUAGCGGUACCAUGAUGUUAACAUUGCGAUCGUUGUCUGAAGUACAGUAUGCACAAAGAAUAAAUUAGCACAAUUAAAGAGUCCACACUAAACAUUUCAUAUAAUCACAUUGAAGAACUAUAACAUUCCAUAGAGUGAAGUAGUUCAAAUUUCUUGUGGAAUUUUUACUUUGGUUGGCCUUAUUUUAUGAUCUCUUUCUUAUUUCUUUUGAUUUAGAGUAUUAACACAUGGCCAAAAUAAUUUAGUUACUACCUCAUACAGACAAUAUAUAAUGGUUACUACGCAUCACAGGAACCUAGUUUUGCUUUAAGUCAUUUUUGAUUGCUUUUUUCCCAAUGGAAUAUGUAUAUACCAAGUUUUAGCAAAAUGCACACUUUGGCUCUUUUUGUUAUAUGUUCUUUAUAAUGUAAGUAUAUACGCUAAGAACAAACUAAAUUGUGAUUUAUGAUCUUCAUUUAUUUUAAUUGAUAAUGGUUUUAAAUGUGUUCCGCAUUGUAUAUAUUGUAAAAUAAACAUGUUUUUUAACA